UGAGCUUGGAUGUAGCUGGUAGCUUGGCUUUCUCUCUCUGCCCUCUGUGAUCCACAUAGCAUCUACAAAGCCCGGAUUACGCUCGUACAGUACAGUACCUUUACAUCCACACCCAAAUGUGAUCUUGUUUCGUACUCAUCCAUACACGUGAUCCUUCAAUGCAGUACAGUGGUAAACUUAGCAAACAGGGGAGUACCCGCCUCACCCAAUUCAGGAUGAAGCGGUCCUCUCCUAUGGAACCCAAAGGACAGAACUUCAGCGUCCAUGAGAAACUCCUGCUCCUAGAUCUGAUCUCCAAACAUGGUCGCCAGCUCGUAGAAGAGAAUGACACCUUGUCCAUAUUCCGUCGCUCCCGCAUCUGGCGCAUCGUCUUUGCGGAGUUCAAUCACCACCAUUCCGUCACCCAAAGAACGGAGAAGCAGCUUCGGCUUCUUUGGAAGAACCUGAAGGCGAGAUGCAAGCGGGAGUUCCGCCUCAAUGCCAGCAAGUACAACUCUCCUGGGUAUGUCAUAACAGAUCCGCUUUUGAGGAAAAUGAGUACCCUGAUCGGAACAGAUGGCGAUGCUCCUGCUCCAGGCAUAGGCCGAAGACUUACCCAUGAGAGUGGGACGGUAUGGCCUCAACCACGUUCAGUGAAUUUUGAUCGAACCAAUAUGGCCGCGCCCACCCGAGAUCCCGUUCACCUAACAGGAUCUACGAGUGAUUCAAGUCAGGGUCAUACAUCAACUACUCCUAGAGUUACAGCUGAGCAAAGUAGGUCUGGGGAGGUUUCUAGGGAACUUGCUGUCAGCCGGAGGAAGAAGGCCAUACCAAGAAAAGCUUCAGAGUCGGUGAAAGCAGAAGUGAUAGAGAUUGAAGAUGAUGUCGUUAAAAUUGAAGAAUCCGAGGGUAUUUCAGAACGUUUCUAUGAGGGCAUUCCUGAAAAUGGCUCGAACAACCAGGAGAGCGACAGCGGUUGGCUUGAAGACCCUCCCGGGCCGUCAUCCGAUGCGUCCAAAACGUAUCUUCAGGAGGAACCGUCAUCCGUUGGUCCUGGACCGGAACCAACCCUCGAGACUGUCCCACGUGAGACAAUUCCUCAGAACAACCUCCAUCACCACAUGCCAAUCCGCACACGGAAACCACUCAUGAUCCAAAGUCAACUCCACGGACCAUCUGAACCUGAUGAUUAUUUUGAAACUAUGGGCGGUGGAAGGGGUGAGGACUCCCUACUCAAUGAUCAUCGGCAAAGUCACCAUGCAGAUCUCGAAGUUACAGACAGCAGGGAAUGUAGCCCUCUUGAAAAGGAGAUGUUGGUGAUGGCGAGGAAGGAGCAUGAAAUGAAAAUGUCCACUAUGUUACUGAAAAGAAAGCAAAUCAUGCAGAUCAAGCGUCGCGAACACCUAGCGAAGAUGGAGAACUACAAAAUGACCAAGGAGAUACUACGGCUCAAGAAACGGAAAUACGAACUUGAAAUCAGGAACGGUCUUUACCUUGAAGGAGUAGAAGAUGAGCUCGAUUCUUAAUGUUUGGGAAGUAUUUUUAUUUCAUGAAAGUUGUCAGCACUGACUAAAUUGUCGGUGCUGACAAUAUCAGUGAAAUCCUUGGAUUGACUGUUAGGCACUUGCCUCUGACUGUUGGUAUGGUAAUUGUCGGUGAAAGCCAACUUGUCAGUGCUGACAACUUUCAUGAAACGCUCCCCAUCUCGUGCGAAGAUGAACCUUGCAAUCAAGAUAGUAAAGGCUCAGAUACACUGCAAAAAGUACUGGCAUUAAUUUAGCACCAGCUCGGUAUCUAUAAAUGGAAACACGAGAGAGGUGUUAAAACAGCACCACUUCUGCUUUGGGCUUACACCAGAUAGCCAUUCAUCAGUGUUCGACCAAUAUCAACUUGAUUUCAACCCUUUUCUGGUGUUUUCCGAUAUAGAUAGAUCGUUUUGAAUAAACGCCGGUGUUUUUGCAGUUAAGUAUGGCGUGGGUUUGAUUGAGAUUAAAAGUCCUACUCGAGAAAAUGUAAAUUGCUCUGAUCAUGUCCUGUCAAGACAUGGGCAAACCUUCCAAGUUCCACGCCGUCUGCAAUGAAGGUAUGAAGGCUCAGAAAGUAGGGCGCCCUCUUUAUCUUUGCGAUGUCGUGGGUUUGAUCGAGACCAGAAUUCCAACUCGAUAAUGCUUAGAGAGGAUUUAAAGAUUGCACUGAUCAUGUCAACUUGUCAAGUACCACGCUGCAAUGAAGGUACAAAGGCUCAGACAGUAGGGCACCCUCUUUAUCAAUGCGAUGUUGUGGGUUUGAUCCAGAUUAGAAGUCCAACUAAAUGUAUCGAGAGUAUUUGUUUGUUGCAUUUGUCAUGAUUGUCAAGAUAUCUCACGGGCUUUUCUUCAAAGCGACAAACCCCAUCUACAAACAAGAUUUGAAGGGAAAUAUAGUAGGGUGUCUUCUCCAUUGGAGAGGGUGUGAUGUCGCACGCCUGUUAUACCGGCCGAGUUUACUUUUAAAAUGGGACUAAACAUGAAAAGUAUUCUUGCCAUUUAACCCAAAUU